AUGGCUGAAAUAUCUUCAAAAUUAGAAGUGAUAUCAAUAAAUGAUUCACAACCAGAGGAAGGUCCAAUAGUACCGCAUGAAAGACAAGUUGUUGAUUGUGUUAUAUCAAUAUGGAAAGAAGAUCCAUCUACUGAAAACUUUAGUGUUCCAAAAUUACAUAAACUUGUUAAAAAUAAACAUCCAAAUUGGUCAGUUAAUGAAAAACGAGUUAAAAAGUUAUUAAAACAGUUUGGUUUAUUGAAUAAUCAAGAACAAUUUACAUAUGCAAAAGACAUUAAAUCACAAUUAACACCAGAUUUGCAAUUACCAUCAAAAGUACAAAUUCAAAUGACAUCAAAAAGAGGUAAAGGAUUAUAUGCCAAGAAAGAUAUACUAAAAGGUGAAGUAAUAUGGCAAGAAGCUCCAUUAUUUUUCAUUCCACUGUUAGCGAAUGUUAAAUUAAUCCAACAUGGAUCUGCUUGUGCAUAUUGUGGAAAAUUAUUAAAUGAAACUAAAACUUUAUUAAAAGGAUUAGAUUGUCAUGUAUGUAAUGAAACUUGGUGCUCAAAGAAUUGUAAACAACUGAAUGAAUUACAUAAUUUAUUAAAACAUAAUGUAUAUGGUAAAAAAAGUACAAUUGUUAAUGCAGAUGCAUUUCUUGAAUUACAAGAAUAUUGUUUAAAUGAAACUUGGAAUGCUUUAUAUGCAAUUACAUUAAUAUAUUCUAAUAUUUUAAUAGAUAAAACAGGUGCAAAACAAAAACAGUUUGGUGCAAUGGCUCGAGUAAGUCAAGAUAUUAGAUAUAAAGCAUUAAAUUCAUCUGCUGGUUCAUUUGAUAACAUGAGUGGUGGAGCAUUAUUCGUACAAGAACAACAAGAAACAUUAUGGAAAGAAGGAUUUGAAAAAUUUUUAAAAGUAUUUCCCAAAAAUCCAAUUGAUUAUAAAGAAUAUUUAUACAUGAUGGGGACAUAUAAUAUUAAUAAUCUAGAUUCAAAUGUUUAUUUGGUACAGUCUCAUUUAAAUCAUAAUUGUAAUCCAAAUACAAAUGUUGAAACUGAAACUGAUAGGUCUGGUUUGAAAGUAAUUGCAAAUAAAAAUAUUAAAGCUGGAGAAGAAUUAACUACUACAUAUAUUAAUCCAAGUCAUACUGUAAAUCAAAGACAACGUGAAUUAAGAGUAAAUUGGGGGUUUAUAUGUGCUUGUGAUAAAUGUAAAUCAGAUUUACGUCCAAAUGUGAAUGAUAUUAGAAAUAUGUUGAAAAAUAAUGAGCAAGAAUUUGAAAUUGAACCUGAAAUGAAUAAUGAACGUAGGAAAUCAGUUAGAUUUGAUGAAAAAGUUGUUGUAAAGAAUUAG